CUGACAGAGAGCCACUUACACUGUCCCGAUAUAAGCUUAUAACGCUCGCCAUAGGACAAGCUGGUCAUUCAACAAGUGCCUACACAGACCGGGUCUAUCCUACACAUCGUGUGAUGAUUUGAAGACAAACUUCGUGACUUGUGUAACAACACUGACACUUUGAGACCCACCUGCUCUCCCCAUCUGAUCCGUCGCGGCACCAACAGGUGCGGUGUCGUCCUCAUUCACAACGAUGUCAUCUGUGGGGUAUGUUGUUCUCAGUUUGGCUGUUUUGGUAGCGCCGUGGUUCGCGUCGGAAGCGGUGGUGAUAGACCGCCAAACGAUGCAGCACAUGUUUCAGUGCCCUCCCUGUGACGCGAACGUUUGCUCCAUCCCACUGGAACCCUGCGAACUCGUCCUAGAGGCCGGGAUCUGUGGGUGCUGCCCCGUGUGUGCCCGGCGGUCGGGGGAGUCGUGUGGGGUGACGGUGGGGCGUUGUGCCCAGGGGCUCAAGUGUCGCCCCGACAUGUCGGACCCCAACCCCCUCAACGCCCUGCUGCUUGGUAGAGCUGUGUGCAUUGGUGUGGAAACAUACUCCUUUAUCUUUGAGAAGAAAAUAAAGUAAUAACACUGGGACCUUCUCCACGCUUCCUCGAUGUCCCAUCCGGGGGAACAGACAUGCGCAGAAAGCUCAUAUUGAAGUAAGCCACAAAGCUAGCUGGAGUGGGAUAAGGACACUAAUUGCCUUUACAGGAGACAUGUCGGCUGGGACAUCUUACAGGAUCAGUGCGUGGUGUGAAACUGGGGACAGGGAACCCCUGACUAUGUCCAAUGUUGAGAUGCUUACGUGACGUGAACAGUUGGAUAUCGUCUUGCAGAAUCAUCAAGUGUCUUAACCUGUGAUAUUCCUCAACUCAACUUGAUCGUUAUGUUUGCUCCCCAAGUUGUCCUUCCUGUUGUGAAUGCACUUUAAAGGAUUAAAACUAUUCAUUUAA